ACCACGGCCACCACCACCCACCACUUGCUCGCACUCUUCACUCACUGCCGCCCACUGCCUAACUAGCUAGAGGAAGCCGAAAGGGGAAACGGCCAAGGCAGCCAUGGGAGUCCCCUCCUCCCUCCCCUCCGCCGCCGCGGCGGCGCUCGUGCUCCUGGCCCUCCUCGCCGGCGGGCACUGCCGCGAGGCCCAGCUCGACACCGGCGACCUCGACGCGGCCGGCACCGAGAACUACAACGCCAGCGACGCCGCCGUGUACUGGGGCCCCUGGCAGAAGGCCCGGGCCACCUGGUACGGUCAGCCCAACGGCGCAGGCCCCGACGACAACGGUGGUGCGUGCGGCUUCAAGCACACCAACCAGUACCCGUUCAUGUCUAUGGGCUCCUGCGGCAACCAGCCAUUGUUCAAGGACGGCAAGGGCUGCGGCUCCUGCUACAAGAUUCGUUGCACCAAGGACAAGUCCUGCUCCGGCAAGGCGGAAACGGUGAUCAUCACCGACAUGAACUACUACCCGGUGUCCAAGUACCACUUCGACCUCAGCGGCACGGCGUUCGGCAGGCUCGCCAAGCCCGGCCUCAACGACAAGCUCCGCCACUCCGGCAUCAUCGACAUCGAGUUCACCAGGGUGCCGUGCGAGUUCCCGGGCCUCAAGAUCGGGUUCCACGUGGAGGAGUACUCGAACCCCGUCUACUUCGCGGUACUCGUCGAAUACGAGGACGGCGACGGCGACGUGGUGCAGGUGGACCUCAUGGAGUCGAAGACGGCGCACGGCCCGCCGACGGGGCGGUGGACGCCGAUGCGCGAGUCCUGGGGCAACGUCUGGCGCAUGGACACCAACCACCGCAUGCAGGCGCCCUUCUCGAUCCGCAUCCGCAACGAGUCCGGCAAGACGCUCGUCGCCCACAACGUCAUCCCGGCCAACUGGAGGCCCAACACCUUCUACCGCUCCUUCGUCCAGUACAGCUGAGCUGCUGAUCCGGGGAUCGGAUCCCGUCCGUGUCCGGGUGACCGCAAUUGGAGCUGGCAACACCCGGUCCGGUCUUCUUCUGAUCUCUACCACAACACUACUACCACUAGACUACUACUACUAGUACGGCGUGGCGGGACGGAACGGAACGGCUAGUCGUCGGUGUCUCUGGUCAUCGUGUUCGUUGCAGUUGUAUCAUCUCAUCAUCAGCAUCAUGGGUCCAUGGAGUCGUUGCAUUGGGGGCGCGCUUUUAGGUGGAGCGUCAUGUGCGAGUGUUUGUGUGAGUGAGGCUGGCACGUGAUGUGUGCCACCCUAAUUGCGAACGGGCAUGAGGGAAGGAAAAAAAAUUUAAGCCGUGUGGGAAAAUGGAGGAGGCAGGCGUACAAGGUACGCCCUCCCGCCCACUCUCGCUUUAUAAUUUAUAAUCAUCAAUCAUCAUCUUCAUUUCGAUCGGUGAUUAAUCGAAAAAGUAUAUUGUAAUGUAUAAACGCCAUUUCCCCAGCUUGGGCAGACCAGGGAUUUCCCCUGUUUUGGUUA